GUAGUACUCAACUCCGCCUCUUGCAGUGAACAGGACAGGAGGGCCGAGAAGCGAGCGGUUUCACCGAGCUCAGGCAAGGAGCGUUUUUCUCGCGAGGAAGGGCGCCAUUAUCGGAAUCCCUACAAACAACACGAGAAUUCAUCAUUCACACGGUCGUCUGCAUGAUGGCAGAGCACGAUUUGGUGGAGAUGGUCCAGAUAGCUGUGGAGGAUCUGGGACAAGAGGACCAAUCAGAUGUUCUGGAGAACCAUGAUGAUGGAGAGGGAAAACCGGACAGGAAACGUGCAAGAGUGGACAUCUCCAGUCAGGAUACCACUCUGAAGUCCUUGCUGUUCUCCAUGAAUCAGUCCAUUUGCCAGAGACUUGAUUCCAUGGAGGCCAAGCUGCAGGUUCUGGAGGCAACUUGUCGGGCCUUGGAGGACAAGUUGGAUGCGGUAGUGAACAAGAACCAGGGACCCAUUCAGGUGCCCAUGGUGGCUGGCUCGCCACUAGGAGCCACACAGACUUGGAAUAAAGUGCGCUGUGUGGUUCCGCAGACCAAUGUGAUUGUAAGCGGCGAGAACAAGCCAAAGGCCCAGGAAGAGACCAAUACUCGUGCCUCUGAGUCUCUGGAGAACCUCCUGAGCAACACGGUGGGGGGACGGCGACAGAACACAAUUCUGGUGAAAGUUCCAGCACACGAGGAGAGUCAGGACGAGCAGGAGAGCGGAUCGGAGACCAGCGACUCCAUGCCCGGGCCGGGCUCGGCGCAGAACCACAACAACGUCACCCUCAUCACCCUCAACUCUGAAGAGGACUACCCCGCUGGCACGUGGCUGGGGGACGAGGGCAACGCGGAGAUGCGCGUGCGGUGCCCGAUCUCCGCGGCCGACAUGCUCCACAUCAGCACCAACUGCCGCACGGCGGAGAAGAUGGCGCUGACGCUGCUGGACUACCUGUUCCACCGCGAGGUGCAGGCCAUGUCCAACCUGUCCGGCCAGGGCAAGCACGGCAAGAAGCAGCUGGACCCGCUCAUGAUCUACGGCAUACGCUGCCACCUCUUCCACAAGUUUGCCAUCACGGAGUCGGACUGGUACCGCAUCAAGCAGAGCAUCGACUCCAAGUGCCGCACGGCGUGGAGGAGGAAGCAGCGGGGCCAGAGCCUGGCCGUCAAGAGCUUCUCCCGCAGAACCCCCGCCUCACAGAACAAUGAGGCAGGGACUGUGGCGGAGGGUGCUCCAAUGGAGGCUACCCAGCAGGCAUUGCACUAUGCGCUUGCUAACCCUCAGCAAGUGCAGAUCCAUCGUAUAGCGGAAGAUGGCCAGGUCCAGGUGAUCCCUCAGGGCCAUCUCCACAUUGCUCAGGUGCCACAGGGGGAACAGGUGCAGAUCACCCAAGACAGUGAGGGUAAUCUUCAGAUCCAUCAAGUGCAUGUCGGACAGGAUGGACAGGUUGUGAGAGGGCCUCAGCUCAUCGCUGUGGCUUCGGCUGAUCCGGGGGCAACCGGGGUGGAGGCCUCUCCCCUGCAGGGCAACGACAUCCAGGUGCAGUACGUCCAGCUGGCCCCUGUCACGGACCACACGGGCACCGUGCAGGCGGAUGGUCUGGCCCCUGCGCUGCAGGCUGAGAUGGACGUAAAGGACGCCAUCCAGAUCCAGCAGGGGGAGAACGGCGAGGUGGUGCAGAUCCAGAUGCCCGUGAGCAGCGUGGGCACCUGAGGGCACGACAACAACCCCCCCAACCCACCCACCACGACAACAACCCCCCCAAUGCCCCGUCUGUCUGCGGGCAGGGAGACGCACACUGAGCCCAGCCUGACGGCCGGAGCCACUGAGGAGGAGGAAGAGGAGGAAGAGGAGAAGGAGGGGUUUAGGAGAAAAACUGAAAACAAAAAACAAAGACUAGAAAUGAAAUACCCACUUGUCAGCGGGGCAUUCAGUUCAGCUGCUGCUCCUUCUCCAGUCCUCUUGGCUCAGUCAGAGUAGUGAUUCUUUUUUUUUUUUUUUUGUAUUGACUUUGUGUUUCUUUGUUAUUUUACUAAUAACUUGUCUGGCACGCACUGGAACAUGCUGAAGCGAUGGGCGGGCGGGCGAGAGGCAUUUUUGAGCUCCUUCAUCGCUGGUGUCUGAACGAGGCCGAUAAACUGCUGGCUCCAUCAGCCUCCAUAAUUCCGUCAGCUCCUUGAGCCCAAAUUGCAUUGUUUAAUCGCUGCCUCGGCAAAGUGCAGAUUUGAAAGGAAUUAAGCAGCUCCAUUAAUCUUUUCUUGGGUUUUUUUCCCUCCUUGGAAAAAUAAAAGACUCCUUGCCAAGCCGAGACCCUCUUCUCACGCCCUUUGCUGUGUGAAGUCAUAUUUGUUUGUCAUGAAGGUCACCUACAGAACAGUGUUACACAUAACCCUUUCUUUUCUAGUAUUCAUUGAUGCUGUCUUUCUCUUUGCCUGUCAGAUUUGUUUUUGUUAUUGUUUAUGUCGUUUCCUUUUGUUUUGCCGUUUUUUAGCUCUGUAACCAGUUUUCUCUCAGAAUGGUAAGCCACAUAACAUGUUUGUGUGUCCUCUCUUACCUUAUUGAAACAUGACAAAGAUAUUUGUGGAAUGUUUGUAGAAGGCAAAUGACUGAUAGAAAACAUGGUUUUGGUAAUAGAAACUCUCUCAAAGAAUGAAUUGCUUUGUGUUGAAUAUGAAAUCCAGCUUUGUUUCUCAUGCUAUUGUUUUGAUUUGUGUGUGUGUGUGUGUGUGUGUAAGUAUGUGUGCGUGUGUGAAAGAUGUAAAUAAAUAUCUGUGGGCUGCUUAGGACUCCCCCAUUUUCUGAA